AUCACAAUGGACAUGGAGCCUCUUUUACCUGGAUUCAGAAACACUCUAAAGCGUCAGGCAGCGUUUGAGCUGUUCGAGGACCCCAUGUCUCUGUUCUCGGGGUGUUAUCCGGUCGAGGAGGAGCAGGCGGCUCAGGAGGUCCCGUCCGGUCUGGACUGUCUCUCUCAGGAUGUCGGGGUGUGCUCCGUUCCUCUGCUGACCCCCUGCAGUAAAGCCCUGGUCAGUCAGGCGCUGAAGGACAGCUUUAACGGCUUCUCCAAGGUCCAGCGUGUCUGUGGGAUCUCCAACAACCCGUGUAAGUGGACCAAGCAGCACGUCCUGCAGUGGCUGUACUGGGCGUCCGGAGAGUUCAGUCUGACCAACAUCAACUUCAAGUUUGACCUGAGCGGACAGGAGCUUUGUGACCUGGGCAAGGACGGAUUCCUGGAUCUGGCUCCGGAUUUCGUGGGUGAUAUCCUGUGGGAGCAUCUGGAGCAGAUGAUGAGAGCGUGUCAGGAACAGGAAGAGGCCAGAGUCUUGAGUCGCGAUGGCAGCUGGUCGAGCGGUGUGGGUCUGGAGGAGUGUUCUCUGAAGGUCCCUGAGUCUCGUGGCAGUCUCCUGCGGGAUCUCUUCCAGACGUCGGAGGACUCCGGUCUGCUGUCGUGUGGUCAGGAGCUCUCUCUGUACUCCAGACCUCAGCUCAGCACGGUCAGCGUCAGCUACAUGAAAGCGUUGCUCUGUUUCUCCACAGUCUCGUCCUGCGAGCAGACGUCGGUGGAGAGUGUGGAGAGUGUGGAUGGCUCUGAGAGUGUCCUGCGCUCCUGGGGCAGUCACUCAUCGCUCGCUGAUGCCCAGCGCGUCCCGUCCUACGACAGCUUCGAGGAGGAGCUGGUCUCUGCUCCGCUGGGCCUCAGCAAACACGGCCUGUCCUUCAAAGACUACGUCCAGGAGAGGAAGGAGCCGCUGGAGCAGGGCAGAGCCGUGAUCCCCGCCGCCGUGCUCGCUGGAUUCACCGGAAGUGGCCCCAUCCAGCUGUGGCAGUUCCUGCUGGAGCUGCUGACGGACACCAGCUGUCAGAGCAUCAUCAGCUGGACCGGAGACGGCUGGGAGUUCAAGCUCACCGACCCCGACGAGGUGGCUCGCCGCUGGGGGAAGAGGAAGAACAAGCCCAAGAUGAACUACGAGAAGCUGAGCCGAGGUCUGCGCUACUACUACGACAAGAACAUCAUCCACAAGACGUCAGGGAAGCGCUACGUGUACCGCUUCGUCUGCGACCUGCAGAACCUGCUGGGAUACACGGUGGAGGAGCUGCACGGCAUUCUGGGAGUUCAGCCGGACACCGAGGACUGAAGCGGCGGCGGGAACCCUGCGUCACGUCCAGACCUCAGCGGGGGUCAGCCGAACGUUCAACACGUGAUCACUGAACCAGACGAUUCCUGGGAUGACGGAAGAGCGUGUGUUUCCCAGCACACGGCGAGGAUCGCCUUCUCUGUGGUCA